AUGUCGAUUGCUGAUAUUUUUGAAGAAUAUGUAGAAAGCUUACAGAAUUUACCUCUUGAAAUUGACCAAAACAUGCAUGAACUAAGGCGAAUGGAUGAGGAAUUUCAACGAUUCAGAGAAACUUACACAAAACACAAAAAGAUGUACACUAAAUUAUGUAAAGCAGCCAAUUGGAUGCCCAGUAAUAACUUGGCUGCAUCAAAGAGCCAAUUAGAUAAAGAAUAUAGCUUGGCUAUACAAAAACAAGAUCAAAAGAUAGAUUUGACUAAAAAGAUGUAUGACCUCGUUUCAAGGCAUAUUGAACGUAUUGACUCACAAAUGGCCAAGAGUGACACGGGUAAGGAUUGGAUGGGAGUAGGACGAAGGACUGAUGACAACGAUGGUUGGAAAUUGGGUGGUACUCGUAAACGGAUGUUGCCUCAUUCACAUAGAAAAAGAGGAUUUGAUGAGCAGCACGGCCUCUUCUCAGAAUUGGAAAUUGAUCCAAAUGAACCCAAGUAUUGCUACUGUAAUCAAGUAUCCUUUGGUGACAUGGUUGCUUGCGAUGGUGAAAAUUGUGAAAAAGAGUGGUUCCAUUAUGCCUGUGUGGGUCUAGAUGAACCACCUGUAGGCAAAUGGUACUGUAAUGACUGUGCAGCAGCAGAAGGUUAUCGAAAAAAAUUGAAGAGAUACUCUGAAGAUAUCUAUUAA